AUGAUGAAUGGAGUGAAAACCUUUAUGCUGGUGUAUGUUGAUGAUAUAAUCAUCACAGGAGAAUCUGAAAUACAAGUACAGGAAGUGAUUGAAAAACUGAAUGCCAAAUUUGCACUCAAAGACAUGGGCAAUCUUCACUACUUUCUUGGAAUUCAGGUAGCUAAGACAAGUGAUGGAGGACUGCUUCUUUCUCAACAGAAGUACAUCAAUGAAGUGUUAAAGAAAGCAAACAUGGAAGGUUGCUCAAGCUGUCACACCCCUCUGCCCUCAACAGUAAAGUUAUCAGCCCAUGGUGAUUCCAACUUUGAUAACCCCCAACUGUAUAGGUCAGUUAUUGGCAGCCUACAAUAUCUAACAGUGACUAGACCUGAAAUUUCAUAUAGUGUACACAAGAUGUCACAAUUUGUACAAGCUCCUCUAAAUACUCAUUGGAGGAUGGUAAAGAGAAUACUCAGGUACCUCAAUGGUACAAUAAGACAUGGAUUGCGCCUUGAGAAGGCUAACUCUAUGGAAGUCAUAGCCUACAGUGACUCAGAUUGGGCUGGAGACCCUGAUGAUAGGAAGUCGACAAGUGGGUACUGUGUAUUUCUUGGCUCCAAUCUAAUUUCCUGGGCUUCAAGGAAGCAAACAGCAGUAGCAAGGUCAAGCACAGAAGCAGAAUAUAGGAGUAUGGCAGAUUUGGUAGCUGAGCUAAUUUGGGUGAAAAACUUAAUGAGUGAGCUACAAUUUCCACCAAAAGAGGUACCUAUGGUCUACUGUGAUAAUCUAAGUGCAGUUCUACUUGCUGCCAACCCAAUCCUACAUUCAAAAUCCAAACACUUUGAGAUAGAUCUUCAUUUUGUUAGAGAUCAUAUGAAUAGUAAAGACAUUAGAGUAAGUCACAUUCCAGGAACCAUGCAAGUGGCUGAUAUCCUAACAAAGGCUGUGUCUUCUGACAACUUUCUACACUUCAGGACUAAACUGAACAUUGAGGAAUUGGACAGCACAGCUGCAGAAAUGAAAGGCAGAAAGGCCAGAAGCAAUGAUCAGCAGAGCAAGAUAACUAGAGAUGAUGAUACAUGA